AUGUUUGAUUGCGAAAGGAAAUUCAACAUUGAACUUCAUCAAGAAUUUAUGGCUGGAGUAAGCUUGAUUCAAAGUCAAAUGGUUGAGGUUCAAGGUCAUAUGAAUAGAGCUGAUGCUAAGCGAAUGGAACAAACUGAUUCCUUUGCAAGACAAAUUCAAGCUGUUGAAGAUGCUGAAGCUGCUACUAAUAAAGAGAAGAAUCUCAUUUCCCGUGACGAUGAUAAUGUUAAAAAGGGGGAAGGAAGUUUUAGAGGCGGUGGUAGCAGUAGAGGAGGCAUUUCGGCCGGCACCAAAUCCAAGAAAAAACCAACUGAUGAAGGAAGUUGCAGACCAACCAAAAGAGGUGGAGGUCGCAGCGGUGAUCGUGGUGGUGGAAGCGGUGGAAGAGGUGGUCGUGGUGGCCAUUCUCUCCCUCCAUUUCAAAACCUUCUGAGCGGUGAUGGAUUCAAUUAUCCAAUCGUGAAAAGGGAAGAUCAAUAA